UUUUAACAUAACCUUUAAGAUUAGCAUCGUCCCCUCGCAUUGUAGAAUUAAAUGCUUGUCCGUCCUCGUAGACGGUUUUACACUACAAACCUAAAUUAAAAUAAAGCAUUCCAAAAUGCGAGAAGAAGAAGUAGACACUAAGAAUAUAAUCAAAAGUCGUGAACUUCUUUACAGAUUAAUAAUAAGUCAAUUAUUGUAUGAUGGCCAUCAAAAUAUUGCAACAAAUUUAUCCAACAUUGUCAUGGCAGAACCUGCUUGUUCUCCAAGUGAUAGACUGUUACAUGUUGUGACUGCAGGCUUGGAACAUGAACCUGAUAGGAAAGAGAGGCCUGUUAACUUGGGGAUUGGAAAUAAUUCCAUUGGACCUGGUUUGGAUUUGGAGUUUGAAACAGAUUCAAGUGCAGCUGCACCUGAACCUGCCCAGUAUGAGACUGCUUAUGUUACUUCCCACAAAGGCAAUUGUCGUGCUGGAUGUUUUUCAGCUGAUGGGCAACUUAUUGCUACUGGAAGUGUUGAUGCCAGUAUUAAGAUUUUGGAUGUGGAUAGAAUGCUGGCAAAAUCAGCUCCUGACGAAAUGGACCCAUCUCGGGGAGAACAACAAGGACACCCUGUUAUACGGACAUUAUACGACCACAUGGAAGAAGUCACAUGUUUAGAAUUUCACCCGCGUGAACCAAUUCUAGUAUCUGGUUCCAAAGACAACACCCUAAAGCUUUUCGAUAUUUCUAAAGCAAGCGUUAAAAAAGCUUUUAAAACUAUCUCGGAAUCUGAGUCAAUCAAAUGUGUAUCAUUUCACCCAGCCGGCGAUCACAUAAUUGUCGGUACUCAACAUCCAGUCAUUCGUCUCUACGAUGUCAAUACUGCACAAUGUCACGUAUGUGCCAUUCCAUCUCAUCAACAUACCGCCGCUGUGACUUCGUUAAAAUGGUCAGCGGAUGCAAAAGUAUUUGCUUCCGCAUCGCGUGAUGGCAGUAUCAAACUAUGGGAUGGAGUGUCUAACAAAUGCAUUAAUACUUUUGCCAAGGCGCAUGACGGCAUGGAAGUCUGUUCGGUUUUAUUCUCGAAAAACGGAAAGUAUUUGUUAUCGGCUGGCAAAAAUUCGAUUUGUAAAUUGUGGGAGUUGACUACCAGUAGAUGUCUUAUUGCAUAUACUGGUGCUGGCACAACUGGAAAGCAAGAAUUUGAAGCGCAGGCGGUAUUUAAUCAUACAGAGGAUUAUGUUUUGUUUCCGGAUGAGGUUACAACGAGUUUGUGUGCGUGGAAUUCAAGAAAUGCAAGUCGCAAACAGUUGAUGAGUUUGGGUCACAACGGCGCCGUACGAUUGAUUGCACACUCACCGACGCAUGCGGCCUUCUUGACUUGCUCGGAUGACUAUCGGGCAAGGUUUUGGUUUAGGAGGACACCUACAUUAUAACUUUUGUAAACACAUUAGCAUAUGUUCAUCAUAUAGUUUGUUUAGACAGAUUCAUUAUUUUUAACCCUUUCAUUCCACUUUAUGUUAUCCGGUCAAAUCAAUUGUUAUAGGAUUCAGCCGUUAUAAGCUCAGUAAGUUUAAUUCUUAAAAGAAAGAUUUACUUUAAUUAUUUCGGCUAUAUAAUAAUUGAUUAAAUUUGUGUACCUAAUAGUAUGUAUAAACAACCAAAUAAACAUUUGAAAUUUUCAUAAA